AUGCUAUCGUUGAUCGACUUGAAACCAGAUUUCGUGUUUUCUCAAUAUGAAAUAUCAAUAAUUAAAUCAAUAUGGAGAUCACUCGACUUGAAUAAUCCUAUUAUUCUUAAAGAUUUUUAUUAUACAGUUUCAACGACAAUUAAUAAUACUGGUACAACCAUCAAUGGUGUUUUAAAUCCUCAAAGAGAUACUUUUACACCAUUAAUCAUUACUCAACAAGAUAUUAUGAAUAUUAUUAAUGAUUAUCAAGUAGAAGAAUUCAUUAAAGUGGCGACAUCAUUAAUAUAUCAUUUAGAAUUUGGUAAAGAAUUACCUGAAAAUGAAAUUGUUCAACUUCUGAAACGAAAUUAUCGAAUUUAUAAAUUAUAUUAUAAACAAUAUUUGACUCUUGGUAAUAGUCUAAUGGAAACCAUAGAAAAUUAUACUAAUUUAUUAAUGGGGAAUAACAAACAAAUAUUUUCUCGAUUUCUUAGUAUUCUACUUAGUGCCAUAUUAUACUACAGCAAUGAUGUGACAUUUGCUGAUACUACGACGACAACGACGACGACAACGACGGCGACACCAACAACUACACAUAGUAAUGCUUCGAUAUAUUCAGAACAUUCAUACUCCAUGUUUUCAUUAAACACUGAUAACACAUCAUCAUCAUCAUCAGCAGCUACAACAACAACAACAGCUGAUGUCAUUGCUUUAGAAGAGAUUUUCAAACCACCUCAAUUAGCUGAUAUUACACCACAGGAUCCACAGGAUCCACAAAAUACAACAACGGAUACCGAUUGUUCUGAAGACGCAACCAUUACCAAUUCUAUAUAUAAUAAUCGUCUCAAUAAUGAUGAUGAUGAUGAUGUCGAUGAUAAUACUAUAGAAAAUAUUAAUGGAAGUACUAGUACUUUUGAUAGUUCCUACGAUUAUCUUAAUUCGUUUUCAUUUUCACCUGAUGACUAUGAUGAUUAUAAUGAUUAUGGUGACAAUGAUGACAAUGAUGAAAAUUUUAAUGGAAAAAAGAUUGAUUAUAAGAAACUAGAAAGUAAAUCCAAAAUUGAUAAAUAUAAAUAUAAUGAUGACAAUGACAAUGACAAUGACAAUGACGAUGACGAUGACGAAGAUGAUUUUGAUGAUUUUGAUGAUACCAAAAGUAUUGUUUCAACAAUUUCUAAUUUAUCAUCAUCGUUUAAAAAUUGGGGUAUAAAUCGUAAGAAAAGUAAUAAAGAUAAAUUUAAAAGUACCAAAAAAUUCAUUCAUAAAAAUAUAUUAAGAAAUGAAAAAUGA